AGUGCUGGUCAGAGGCUGCUCUGAAGACAGCUAGCAGGAGCCAUGACCACCCUCUCUCCUGAAAACAGCCUCUCUGCCAUGCUGUCAGCCUCCUUCAUCCUGGUGAAGAGAAAACCUCCCAUUGACAAGACGGAAUGGGAUAGCUUCUUCGACGAGAAUGGUCACUUGGCCAAGUCACGGGACUUCAUUUGUGUUAACAUCCUGGAAAGGGGUCUGCACCCCUUCGUGAGGACAGAAGCCUGGAAGUUCCUCACAGGCUACUACUCAUGGCAGAGUUCCCAGGAUGAGCGGCUCACAGUGAACAGCAUGAGGAGGAAGAACUACAAUGCCUUGUGCCAGAUGUAUGAGAAGAUUCAGCCCCUUCUGGAAAACUUGCACCGGAACUUCAUAGAAACUCAGAACAACAUUGCAUAUGAUCUCCAGAGACUCUAUGAUAAAGAUCCCCUGGGGAAUGUCCUCAUUGACAAGAAGAGACUCGAGAAGACCCUGCUCCUGAGUUACGUCUGCAACAACCAGGCAGAAUACCAGCGGGGCUUCCAUGAGAUGGUGAUGCUUUUCCAGAUCAUGGUGGAGCAUGACCAUGAGAUCUUCUGGCUUUUUCAGUUCUUCCUGCAGAAAACAGAGCACAGCUGUGUCAUCAACAUCGGGGUGGGCAAGAACCUGGACAUGCUCAACAACCUGAUCACUUUCCUGGACCCUGUGUUUGCUGAGCACCUAAAAGGGAAGGGUGCAGGGGCCGUGCAGGCCCUCUUCCCCUGGUUCUGCCUCUGCUUCCAGCGCGCCUUCAAAUCCUUCGAUGACGUUUGGAGGCUCUGGGAGGUUUUGCUGACAGGAAAGCCCUGCAGGAACUUUCAGGUGCUGGUGGCCUACAGCAUGCUGCAGAUGGUGCGUGAGCAGGCACUGCUGGAGAGCAUGAGCGGAGACGCCAUCCUCCUGGCCUGCAACAAACUCAUCGACCUUGAUGCUGAUGAGCUAAUCUCUGCCGCCUGCAUGGUUUAUGCUGAGCUCAUGCAAAAAGAUGUUCCUCAGCCAUUGAAGAAUUUCUUUCUCUGAGAACACUGAUACCCACCAUGGACAGAUGCCUUCAAUGAAC